CAAAUGUAACAGUGGUUUCGAUGGCGACGGAGUGGUUUGCAACAAAACGGUCUGUUCUGACAUCGGACUGGUCUGCAACAACAACGCUGCGUGUAACACAGGCUCUGGAAGCCCUGUGUGUUCUUGUCAUGCUGGAUACAGUGGCGAUGGUUUGAAUUGUACGGAUAUUGAUGAAUGUUCAUUGGGUACAGAUAACUGUAAUAAAAGUGCAAUAUGUACCAACACCAUUGGGAAUUUUACAUGUGCUUGCAAUACUGGUAUACUGGUGAUGGUGUAUCAUGCACAGAUAUUGAUGAAUGCACUGUGGGUACACACAACUGCAAUAGAAGUGCUACUUGCACCAACACAAUUGGAAGUUUUACAUGUGCUUGCAAUACUGGUAUUACUGGUGAUGGUGUAUCAUGCACAGAUAUUGAUGAAUGCACUGUGGGUACACACAACUGCAAUGCAAGUGCUAAUUGUACCAACACCAUAGGAAAUUUUAAAUGUGCUUGCAUACUGGGUUUACUGGUGAUGGUGAAUCAUGCACAGAUAUUGAUGAAUGCAUUGGGUACUGACAACUGCGACACAAAUGCAAAUUGUACCAACACAAUUGGAAGUUAUAUAUGUACUUGCAUGCCUGGGUUUACUGGUGAUGGUGAAUCAUGCACAGAUAUUGAUGAAUGUGCAUUAAAUACUGACAACUGCGACACAAAUGCAAAUUGUACCAACACAAUUGGAAGUUAUAUAUGUACUUGCAAAACUGGGUUUACUGGUAUUGGUAUAACAUGCACAUAUCUGGAUCUGUGCUUAUCUGAAAACUGUGACAUAAAUGCCCAAUGUACAACCAUAAAUGGAAGCGCAAAAUGCUCUUGCAACUCUGGGUAUUCUGGCAGUGGGAUAAACUGCAUUGAAAUAAAUGAAUGUGCUUUAAAUUCCCACAACUGCAGUGUGAAUUCUUCUUGUGUAAACACUCCCGGAAGCUUUACUUGUGUUUGUAACAAUGGAUACAGCGGCGAUGGUGCGAAAUGUACAGAUAUUGAUGAGUGCGAGUUGAACAUUUUUAAUUGCAGCCGAUGGGCGAAUUGUACCAAUACUGUCGGAAGCCACACCUGUUCGUGCUAUAAAGGUUACAGCGGCGAUGGUGUAACAUGCACAGAUAUUGAUGAAUGUACACUGGCUUCACACGGCUGCAAUGCAAGUGCUACUUGUACCAACACAAUUGGAGAUUUUGGCUGCAGUUCAUCAACAUCAGAAACUGCCACAAUGCUAACAGUAAUAGUUGGAGCACUUCUUUGCGUUGCUACUAUCCUGCUUUAAACGUUUGUUUUGUAGAUGCAAUCGCAGUAACAUGUAUAGAGUUAUGGACUAUAGUAAUUAUUCAUAUAACAAGUUAAUAUUUUCCACUAAAACCAUUGUAGUUUUGUAGUUAUUAAUGUUUUAUCGUGUACAUUUGUAGGUAACUUUGAAUACAAUCAUGCUUUACAAA